GCAGCCUGUUGGAUGUGCCAUGUCACCUCUAUUUGCUUUUGGGGAAGAUAGGAGUUUCAGACUCAAGACAUUAGGGCUUGGAAUGUAUGCAGCAGAGGAAGCCCUGGCCACAAUAGUGAUUUUUAAAAAAUAUGAAAUUCACACAAAUGAAAAGGAAGUAACCGAGAAGGAAAUCACACUUCACUUGUUGCCAGGUGAACAGCUGCUUUGUGAAGCCAGCACAGUCCUGAAGUACGUGCAGGAAGAUUCCUGUCAGCAUGGCGUGUAUGGGAGACUUGUCUGCACAGACUUUAAAAUUGCCUUCUUGAGCGAUAAUGAAUCUGCGCUGGAUAAUGGUGAAACUCAGUUUAAGAAUAAGAUUAUAGGAGAAAAUGACAUUACCCUCCACUGUGUUGAUCAGAUUUAUGGAGUGUUCGAUGAGAAAAAAAAACCUCUCUUUGGACAACUGAAGAAAUACCCUGAAAAACUCAUCAUCCACUGCAAAGACCUCCGAGUGUUCCACUUUUGUCUGAGGUACACAAAGGAAGAGGAAGUCAAAAGGAUUGUCAGUGGCAUAAUUCAUCAUACCCAGGCUCCUAAACUACUUAAAAGAUUAUUUCUGUUCUCUUAUGCAACUGCUGCACAAAACAACACAGCCACUGAUCCCAAGAACCAUACAGUGAUGUUUGACACACUUAAGGACUGGUGUUGGGAAUUGGAGCGGACCAAAGGCAAUGUGAAGUACAAAGCAGUGAGUGUCAAUGAAGGCUACAGAAUCUGUGAGAGGUUGCCAGCAUUCUUUGUCGUCCCUACCCCUCUUCUGGAGGAGGAUGUGCUGCGCUUUCAGGGCCAUGGCAUACCAAUGUGGUGUUGGUCCUGCCACAAUGGAAGUGCUCUUUUGAAAAUGUCAGCACUGCCCAGAGAACAAGAUGAUGGCAUUCUGCAGAUGCAGAAGAACUUCUUGGAUGGAAUUUACAAGACCAUCCACAGGCCACCCUAUGAAAAUGUCAAAACUGAAGACUUAUCAAGCAACUUCCUAUCCCUGCAGGAAAUCCAGACUGCAUAUUCUAAAUUUAAACAGUUGUUUCUGAUAGAUAACAGUACUGAAUUUUGGGACACAGAUAUAAAAUGGUUUUCUCUCUUGGAAAGUAGCAGCUGGCUUGACAUAAUCAGACGUUGUCUGAAAAAAGCAAUAGAGAUUACAGAAUGCCUGGAAGCACAAAAUAUGAACAUUCUUCUUUUAGAGGAGAAUGCCUCCGACCUCUGCUGCCUCCUUUCCUCCCUGGUGCAAGUGAUGAUGGACUCCCAUUGUCGCACCCAGACUGGUUUCCAGAGCCUCAUCCAAAAGGAGUGGGUCAUGGGUGGCCACUGUUUCCUGGAUCGCUGUAACCAUCUCCGCCAGAGUGACAAAGAGGAGGUUCCUGUGUUCCUGCUGUUCUUAGAUUGUGUCUGGCAGCUGGUGCACCAGCAUCCCCCAGCAUUUGAGUUCACCGAGACUUACCUGACUGUUUUAUCAGAUAGCCUGUAUAUACCUAUUUUUAGUACCUUCUUCUUCAAUUCACCUCAUCAAAAAGAUGUUAACAUGGGUAGGGAAAGCCUGUAUACCCAAAGCAAGCUUUUGAAUCUGCUCACCGUGUGGGAUUGGUCUGUACAGUUUGAACCCAAAGCCCAGACAUUGCUCAAAAAUCCUCUCUAUGCGGAAAAGCCAAAACUAGACAAGGGCCAGCGGAAAGGAAUGCGUUUCAAGCAUCAACGACAACUUUCUUUGCCACUCACCCAGUCAAAGUCAUCUCCCAAAAGAGGAUUUUUCAGGGAAGAAACAGAUCAUUUGAUUAAAAACCUUCUGGGCAAGAGAAUUAGCAAACUUAUUAACUCUUCAGAUGAGCUGCAGGACAACUUUCGGGAGUUCUAUGACAGCUGGCACAGCAAACCUACUGACUACCAUGGUUUGUUGUUGCCUCAUAUAGAGGGGCCAGAAAUCAAAGUUUGGGCACAGCGCUACUUGCGCUGGAUUCCAGAAGCCCAAAUCGUAGGUGGUGGCAGGGUGGCCACUAUGGGCAAACUCCUUGAAAUGAUGGAGGAAGUCCAGAGCUUACAAGAGAAAAUCGACGAGCGACACCUCAGCCAAGCGCCGCUCCAGGCAGAGGCGCCCUGCCUGCUGAGGAACUCUGCCCGCCUGUCCUCUUUGUUUCCCUUUGCUUUGCUCCAGCGACACUCAUCCAAGCCUGUCUUGCCCACCAGUGGCUGGAAAGCUUUGGGAGAUGAGGAAGAUCUGGCCAGACGAGAAGAUGAGUUUGUGGAUCUGGGGGACCUGUGACUGUGUGUCAGUGACUGUGAAGAGGCGUAUGGGAGGUUGGGACAGCUGUCCCUGGAUGAGUGACUUGCUAAUGCUGGGAGGGUCGUGGCCCAGCGCUCUGUUGGAGAAAACCCAGGCCUUGAAGAAAAGAGCUGGUUCUCAAUUUUUUCAUGGUUCUAAAAGACUAUGCAAUUAAAAUUAGUAUUAUUAAUUGGAAGGAAUUCCUGCAUGACCCCAUCAUAGGAGUGUGGCUGCUUUCCAAUGCCUAAGUAAUGUAGAGAACCUGCAGUGGCCAGUUUACUACUAGAAAGAGCUUCAGUUUGAUACUCUUGGGCUUACUGCUUUCUUCUGAUCCUUUCUGUGCCAAGAUCGCUCAUCUCACCAUUGGGAAUGGUGUUAAUGUCCCAUCUCAGUUAGGAGCAAGGGCGACUUUGUGUGGUGUUUAUGUGAGUUGAAAGACUAAGACAGAGGUAUUAAGAGGGGUGGCAUUUACUUAAACCAUAGCAUUUUUGUUUCUAUAGAAAAGCUGGAAAGUUCCGCUGUUGCCACACAGCCUAACCCUCAGCCCUCCUCCCUCCUUCCUGGACUGUGUCGUGGUAGUGUAGGCCAGUGCCACCCGCUCCUCCCUGUGUUGUGCUGACAGCUCAGGUCUUUCCUCCGCACUGUACCUCUGCACUGUCUGCCUUGGAGCACACAGUCCCAGUGUCUCACUGCUGAACCUGCUGGUGAAACUGGAGGAACCUCUUGGUUUGCCCAGAGGAGCUUCCUUGCCUCUGGAGUUUCCCAGUGUGUGAACACCUUGUGUUGCCACCUUCUUGCCCCAAGGCUUUGGAGAACCCGAGAGCGUGCUUGUCCACUGUGGCUCCUAAGCUGCUUCCCAGGCACCUGCCUCCCUUGCCUGCUCUGGUCCUUCACAGACUGCUGGGGUUGGCCACUUGUGAAGGUGGCUUUCAUGGGCAAGCAGCUGAAUGUCAGUGCCGGAAGUGUUGAUCCUUACAGGAUACCUCAGUUAUUAAGAAGCCAUAAAAAAAGCUCAACUAUGCCUGGUCUUCUCCUUGGAUCUGCUGUCUAAAAUGAUACAUAUAUAUUUUUUUUAAUGUAGAAAAAUAUACUUUGUAAGGACCAGUUUUUUUAUUCUCAGUGGAACUCUUAUCAAAUCCCACAAAAGAAAGGGGAAAAAAAAACAGUUACAUUAGAACCUUUCAGAUUGAAUGUUUGCCUUUUAUAUACAUUUGCUCUUCAGAAUAGAUUCCAAUUUGAAUGUAAGGUGUUUAGAAAUACCUACUGGAGGGCAGUAGGAGAAUUUGAAGCUAUUGAAAAAGGAAUUUCCAGUUUGCACUGACUCACCUUUGUACAAAAUCAUUUUGCUCUUCUCCGUUCCACAUGAAUGCACGAGCCAGGUCGGUCAGCUAGGAUAACAGGUUGAGGGGAGAGCAGGAUUUGUGCAUCUGGGGGCCAGACACACCUCAGUCUUUGUUGCCUUAAGAGUCUUGGGAGCGAGGUCAGCAUUAGGCUUACAGUAGGGAUUUUUAAAAAUACACUAGUUCCUGGCUCCCUUCACGUAUGUCUGUGGGCCUUCUUAAACUAGCACUAAUCUCCACUUAUUUCUGUGCUCUGUGUUUCCUCCCAAACACACUAUGGAGCUAUUUUGUUACCUUAUUACAAUAUGAAUGUUUAUAUGGUAGCCUCUUCAAUCUUAGCAAUUUUCAUUCCAGAAAUGCCCGGUGUGAUGCUUUACACUCUAUAAAAUAUGGUUUAAAGGCACAAGGUCAUGGCCCUCAUCAUAGCAGUUGAAUGUGCAUUGAAAUAUUUUUCUAUGAUUUUUAAAAAUUACUAUAGCAAAAUAAGUAAGCAAGCUGUUGUACCAUGUAAGGUCAUGACGAUUUAUGUAUUUAUAUUUGAAAUCAGAUUUCUAUAACUUGUAUUUGUGUACAGACUUCUCUGUGGGUUUAUAUAGUGAAAAUUUUAUUCAAGAUUCAGAUGUAGGUUAAGUUUAACAGUAAAAGCUGAAAUGAGACCAUUUGUUUUAAAGUGCUGCACUGUGCAAGAUUGGAAAUGUACAUUAGUAAUUUACUGUAUAUAAUAUCUUGAGUUUGUUUAUACCUCCAAGUUUUUACACUGAAGAGAAACUAGCUUUAAUUAAAUUCAAAUUUUUCUUUUUUUUUUUUUUUUAAGGAAUAAGCUGUGGGGCUAUAUCUAUAAAUAUGCUUUUUAUUUUCUGGAUGCACAAAAAGGUUUAUACUUGUAUUCUCACAGCAUCAGAUCUGAUUGCAGAAAUUAAAGCACAGUUU